AUGGCUAUCGUUGAAGGGUGGUUACCACCCACCCGGGAGAACUACAACCUCAUUCUCACAGUCUGGCAGAUUGCUUAUCCAAUUAUUGGCUCAAUGCAAUGGCUUACCAAGUGGUAUGGCAUGGGCAAAACUUCAGUCUCCAGCCAUCUUAACCUGCCGGGCCGUAUAGGCUGGUUGACCAUGGAAGCACCGGGCUUCUUAAUACUUAUGUAUCUGAUGAAGGUUCUUCCUGAACAAUAUGGCAUCGAUGAUCUGCCAUGGCAGAAUAAAGUUCUUGCGGGUCUCUUUGUGAUUCACUACUCUUACCGCGCGGUCAUGUUCCCCUAUCUCCAGCCGUCUAUGUCGCCGCUGCACAUUGCGGUGUGGCUGCUCGCCUUCAGCUUCCAGGUGGUCAACGCAACCUGUCUCGGAUCAUGGCUAGCGGUCUACGGCCCUACCACAGAAGAAGCGUGGUCUUCGCAGUCUUCAAUUCUUCAGUUCUCCGCAGGUAUUCUAAUCUUCUACGUUGGUCUAUCCGGCAACUUCUUCCAUGACGAGGAGCUACGCGAUAUCCGUCGCCGGGAGUUACAGCGGCAAGAGCGCACCAAGCUCGAGCAGAACAGAGGCGAGAGCAAGGGCGGCGUGGAGAAGCACUACCAGAUCCCACAGGCGGGCCUGUUCCGCUACGUGCUGUUCCCGCACUACCUGUGCGAGUGGAUAGAGUGGGCUGGGUUCUGGAUGGCGGCGGGUUGGGGAUGCGCGCCUGCGCGGGCAUUCCUUGUGAACGAGCUGUUCGCCAUGAUACCGCGGGCCGUGAGGGGCAGGGAAUGGUACUUGGAGAGGUUCGGAGAGGACAAGAUUGGCAAGAGACGGGCGGUUAUCCCGGGGGUUUGGUGA